GUCGUGGGGGGGCACACGGAAAUAGUUUCUCGCCUUUGAGGGGGAGAAGAAUUUCGAGUCUCUGCUUCCCAUUCGUUUUGUUUUUUUCUGUAUCGAAUUUUCGUCGUGUUUUCAAGUCUUUGAGCGAACUUUUUCUUCGUUUCUCGUUUAUCGUUUCGUUUUGCAGUGUCUGUCUUUCCCUCCGGUUUAAGACCCUUGUUCGACGCGGACGAUUGGACGGUGAUUCAUGCGGCAAUCUUACUCGUGUCGGUCCACGCUCCUCAAGGAGACGCCACCCCGCCGGAUUUUCGCGUGUCUCUACGAAGAAAGACGACUAACUGCUGUGGUUUCUGAAUCAACGGAAAGACGAACCGCUCGGCGGCCCCUUCCUCUUGCGGCUAUGUCAUCGGAAAGUUGACUUGUCCUUCGCGAAACAUCGCCGGACCCAGCACGCAGAGUGCGGUUUUCGGAAGGGAAUCUGGAUCCAGUGGAGGAGACGAUGAUACCCCAGGUUCAUCUAUGUCUUUCUUUGCUGUGAACGGCGGAGAGGCGGGUCGGCGUCCACCGUUGGGAGAUAGGCGAGGAGAAAUGGUGAGAGGCGGAGGCGGUAGAGGCAAGGCAGCAGUAGUUCACGAGCGAGAGGGAAGAGGGAGACGCAAUCCGAGUUUCGCUUCCCAUGAAGAGCGCAUAGCCGGGGGUCGCCCCUCCGGAGUUGCCAUGUUCUCUCACGACGGCUCAAAUGUAUCACGCCCACGAGAAGAGUUGCGCCAUUCCGGCAGGGAAGAGGACCGACGAAGACCUUCGCUUUCCUACGCUCCCGUACACACCGCGCCAGUCCGGGGCAGAGGCGGGCCUCGCGGGCCGACGCGUCCCCACGUAGGGGGCCCCUCGCAGGCGCUGGCGGGUCACAGCGAAAACCCAGGCUGUCCACCUCUGCUCUCUGCCGCCUUCGCGGCGCCACAGCACGGCAACGUGCGCCCCAGCAUCAGCCGCGGUGGCCAGGCGCCUCUCGAGCGCAGACCUUCCGGAGAAGAGACAGGCCCGGGUGCGCUCCACUCUGUCGCCCACACGAACGGGCCCUUUCCGCGGGCCUCGGGACCUCCUGGACCGGCGGGGCUGGCACCUUCCGGCGCGACCAACGGCAGUGACCGAGAAUCCGCGCAGUCCGAGGAAGUGCGCACUGGUGCUCCCCUGGGCGCAUCUGUCCCCGCGGGCCCCUUCGGCUUCCACCCUGGGCCCGUCCCCAGUUCGCUCUGCGGGCCUCCGCCGCCGAGUCCUCCUGGAAGUGUGGGGUGUCUCCGACCGCACUUGGGCGGAGACGGCGCACGCGGACCCAACGGACCCAGAGGAGAGAGAGACGGCCCGCCUCUCCACACUGGCAGGCCGAGCCCGGCUCCACACGGCGGCCCUUUCGUCCCGAGUGGAGACCACGAGAGAGACCGAGUUCUAGGCGUACCUGCAGGCGGGAUGGGACCAAGCAACGGACCCAGCCGGAGCGUCGGCGGGGCUGGACCCGGAAGGGCCUUCGAGGAACACUUGGGCGGCAGAGGCGGGCGGGGCGGCGCGCCUCUGGGCGUCACCAGCCCAGAGGGACUGGGACGCGAGGACGCGCACUUCCCAGGCGACAGAGAUGCGCGCCCCGAAAAUGGCCCGGUACCCUCCCACCCGCGUAAACUCCGCGGCCCCCCCACAAACUCCGUGGGGGGGCGAGGCCACGCGAAUGUCGACUUUCCCGGCGGAGCCCCAGGAGCCUCGCAGCACUCUGGCCAGGGCCUCCAGGGGAAUGUCGACCAACCGCGCGGACCGCCGCACCCUGGCGACAUGCAACUCAUGGGCCCGCCGAUGCAUCCGCCCUUCCAUCAUGGGCGAGAAGGCCCUGCCGGUCUUGGCAACGACAUGGGCCCUGGUAUGCGAUUCGUCAUGGGCCACCCGCACACGAGCGGCGUGGCAGUGAUGCCGGGUCCCGGCGGACCUCAUCAAGUCGGGCCAGGAGGCCCGUCUGGAGGCUCCCCGUUCGGGCAAGCCCCACCAAACGCCUCGGGAGGCGAACCGAUGUUGGGGUGUGGCCCGAAUAUGUCGCUACCCUCGCAAAUGAUGAUGCCGCAGGCAGGAUCUCCUCCGCCCGGAGGGCCGAUCCCGUCUCCGGCUGAUGCGCACCCGGGAGGCUUGCGCCUUGGACCCCAAGGCCCCGUCGUUGGGGUUCCAGGCUCGGUCGUCUGUGGGGUCGGCCCCAUGGGCGGCCCGCCCGCAGCAGGCAGCUCGGACCCAGGGAUCGGGCUGCAAAACGCGCCGCCGGGGAUGCCCGGCGUCGGCCAGGGUAUUCGGGGGCCCCCAGGGAGCAACGGGCCACUGCUAGGCAUGGUUGGGCCUCUUGUGGGAGUGGGGCCGCACGGGGUAGUCGUUGGAGCCAUGGGCGGCAUGGGGUCGACGAGCGUGGUGAACCCGCCGCCUCCGCGGAGACGGAAUGUCUUGGACAUUCGCGACCCGAAGACCGGAAAGCUUGUUAUUGGCGGAUCGCUGCUAGAUGGCGCGGGCGGCUUUUUGGCGGGUGAGAAGGAGGCAGGAGCGGGGGAUGACGACAGGGAAGGUAAGGGCGACGCGCAGGCUCAGAAACAGAAAGAUGAGGCACAGGCGGGAAGGAAAGACAGCGAGAAGAGACCGUGGUCAGGGCCUCGACAGGGUGACGGCGAGAAACCGGGAGACAGUGGACUGAAGGAUGCAAGUUGUACGAAGACUAAACGCGGUGACAGUGCAGAGACGGUCCCGGUGAGAGCCCUAGAAGGAGCAGGACCUGCAAAAGGUAAGGGAAGCGAGGCUACGCGUUCCUUCUCUCCUCUCGUGGAAGGUGAGUCGCGUCCAUUCGGGGAGAAGAAGGACUCGAAUGAGAGAACGGACAGGAAGAAGGACGGAGAGAAAGGGGCGUCGGAGGUACGCGCAGACGGAAGCCAGCGCCGGAGGGGCUCCUGUCGCCAGGCUAGCCGGGGGCAGGGCCAGGAAGAAGAUCGCCGCGGAGCCGAGAAUUCCCCGGUGGCACCCGGAGAGGCUUCCAAGCAAGAAAAUGCCGCGGGUCACAAAAAGAAGGACGCGUCGCCAGCCGAGUUGUUCGAAGAGAAAUCCGAAGCCGACAGCCGAAGAAGUUUCUCGGGUGGAAGCGGAACAGACGAGACUGUCAAGACGGCGUCGCAUGGCGGAAACGCGAAUAAGAGAGAGCGAAGAAAGAGCCAGAACUCGGGAGAUUCGCCGAGUUUGCCGCCGUUUCAAAUGCAGCACAGUCUGCCAGUCCCGACGAGUAGGAAUCGCUCUGGCGCGGCGAACGCAAAGCGAGAUCCGGCACAGGGCCAGGAUUCUGCAUGUUUGGGGCUCGGGGACAACGGAGACUCUACAGCAUCUGCCCGUGACGCUACACUUCCGAAAGAGGACUACGCGAAUGGACUGAAGAAACAAACGCCUGUGGAAGUGUCACAGGCGGAAACUCCAGGACUCACGGUGGGCUCCGUAGUCCUGGGCCCUGCACCCAAGAGAAACGCUGCCUUCGAAAAGGAGCAACAUUCAGGGGCAGGCCUUAUUCCGGCGACGAGUGGGCCCGGGUGGACGGCUGCGGGUUCUGGGGUCGACAACGUGUCCCAGAAGGGCACCCAACAACAGUCUAAAGGGAAGGGUCGCCGGGGAUCGUUUACCUUCUCGAUACCGGAGGAAGAGGAACCGAAUGUGAGUCGUCAUUCGGGCUACGGGCCCAAGCGAGGCGGCAACGCGGUCCCUCCCCCGCCCCCGGGGGGCCAUCCCGCGUCUCGCUCCGGCGCCGGCGGGAGUGGGUCUCAGAAAUCAGGGCGCGACGGCUCUGCGUCGUCCCGUUACUCUGGAGAAAACGAGUUGUCGCUCGCGAACACCCCUCCCCAGCCCGCGGAGUACGGCGGAUUCUCGCGGGCCUCUUCGAGCAACUUCCAGGGAGGAAAGGGCGCGAACUCGCCGCUGCGUGGGGGGAACGUUUUGCCUGCUUCGUUUUCGACAGUCGGCUCGGCUGGGCGUCAGUCAGGCUUCAAGGGCCAGGAAGACAGAAACGUCGCGAAGAAAGGCAGCCCGCUUUCGGCGAGAGAGGCGCGAGGCAAAGACGGCAUGGGUCCUCACGCGAAUCCGAAGAGGCCGGGCGCAAGAGCGGACCGCGUCGCGGCCGCUGCAGGCACUCAGUACGGCCAGGUGCCUUCUUCUCCCCUGAGUGGCCCCGGCGAGAAGGAGGAGCUUCAAAUGCCUCUCGAAGAACUGAAUUCGUGUCGACAAAGUAGCGAGGGCUUUACGCCCCCAGAGCGAAGCGAUAGCAACGCUAGUGGCAAGCACAACUCUCAGAAGAACGGCGAAGGCCGACAGCGUCGCGGAUCCUACGGAGAGCGAGGAGACCAAAUGAAGGGCCCGGGAGACCGAGGGAGCGUCCGAGGCGGCAGCAGCGCAGAUCAGGGCGAGAGAGGCGGAAAUGUGGGCGCGGUAGGCUUUGGAGCCGCAGGGAACAACGGCCACAAAAACGCGGCAGGGCGCGGCUGGCGAGCGGGCGGGAAAGUCCAGGGCGCCGAAGGCCCGCUUUCCUUAGAGACAAAGACACAGCAAUUAAGUGCGAACAGCGCCGCCACUCCAGGCCCAGCUGCGACCCCUCCGGGCCCGAGAGGCGUGUGGGGACCGAACGGCAGGUCGGCUGGAGGCGCCUUGAUGCGUGCACAUGCGCAUGCAGGGAGAGGCUCCGGGCUGGUGGCGUCGUCCGGGCCGCUGCAGAAGACCCCAGAGAAAUCUGGAACCCAUCCGGGAGUCCCUGUGUCUCCGGGUAGCAGGGGCCAAGGCCAGAACCAGCGGGCGCCGAUGCCAGCCAGCGAGACUGAGAGAGAAGGAAACACGGGGACUCAGGGCCGCGAGGAGGCCAGCACGAGACGAGGUAGCACCCAGCGGCCAGGGUCUUCGCCCCUCGUUGCGCCGAGUAAAUUACCGCCACCUGGCGAAGGGGAAGACAGCGACCCUGGAAUCUGCAGAGAUGCAGGCCGGGAAGGACCUGGACGCGGGAAGGAUGCCGGGCCUCGACAGAGAGAGACAACGCCGUUGCUCAGGAACAACGGCGUGCCUUUGCAGGGACCGACACCGCGAUCUGGAGGCCGAGGCGGCCAGGAAGGCGGUCGCGGAGGUCGAGACCGGCAACUCGGGGGCCCAUCGAAGAUGGGCAAUAAUGCAGGGGGAGAACGAGGCUUGCAUGCGUCGGGACCUGCAGGAGAAGGGAAGAUGUCGAUGGCUCACUCGUCACCAGCACUGCGGCCUCGCGGCGGGCCCCCGUCAGGAGCGCCGGGGAGCCAGGGCCCAGGCGAGAGAGACGGCCGAGAGACGUUCUCUUCGGACUUCUCAGUUUCUUCGCAGAGUGAAGGGCGAAGAAGCGAGAAAGAAGGCACGGCGCCUGUGUAUCCACACCCUCCGGCGGGGCCAGUGCCGCACCACCAACCGACUUACGAGGGCUCUGGGCGAUUCGUUGCGCGCCCGCACAUGCUCGUGACGAAUGAGCGGGACGCGAAGAGCGGCAAUGUUUUUGCGGGGCCCCCGAUCAUGACUGGUCCGGCGGGUCCGCUGCUACAAGGCAGUGGGUCUGCACCGCCCUUCUCGGGCUCCUUCGUGCCCUACAAGGCCGGGCCUCCCCACAAUCCGCUCUUGUACCCCGGAGGAGUUGCGCCGAACGCGGGUCCCCAAGGCCACAGUCCGCCGUUCGCCUUCCCGCCGUCGUAUCCGGGGGGCAGCGCGCCCCACGGCAUGGGCGGCCCGCCUUUACCCGAGGGGUCUCACGGCCUGCGCAUGUUCCCGCCCCAGCCCUUCCCGCAAGGUGUGGGGCUCGAGGGCCCUGGCGCGGACUUCAUGGACGGGCGCGCUGCCCAGAAGCAAGGGAGCGGGCCCUGCGGAAUGCUGCCCGAGCAGGCGGGGACCCAGGGGUUCUCAGGACCGUCUGCAACUCCGGGAGAAGGCGAAGCCUCAGCAGACGUCCCGUACGACACCGGCGUCGCAGCCGGGAACGGUGGGAUGCCUUUGGUGCCCUCUUCCGGAGAACUUUCAGGAUCGAACAUGCCCUCGGGGUCGCCCUACUACUUUUACCCACCGGGUGCAGGAAGCGAAGUGCCUCUGGCAGGUGCGCCCCCCGCGGGGCCUGUCCCACUCGGCAUGAUGCCUCACCCUGGAUCGGGCCCCCAGCUCCCGUUCCUGGGCCAGCCAAACCAACAGGUGAACUGCAUGCAGUUGAGCGGCACGGAGAACGCGAACUACCCCGAGAGGGACGCCCCACACGCGCCAGGCGCCGAGCUGCGCAACGGGGCGCCGAGCACUCCCGGAAAGGCUAGAGAGACGGGCGGGAUGGAUGGCGAAGGACUGCCCCAUCCUGUGGGACACUUGCCCCCCCAAAAUGCCUUUGCUUUGGCAGCGGGCACGGUUCCGUUCGGGUACCCGCCUCUGGGAAGCGCUAACUCAAACUCGGGCAGAGAUGCGACUCUCGGAGACCCCCAGAGCGGCGGUGGCGUGUAUGGACAGCCGCCAGUGAUGGGCGUGGUGCAGCCCGACGUUCAACACCCCCCGCCUUCAGACUUUAUGUCUCGGAAUGCAACUCCGAAUCUCUUGGCAAACCCGUCUGGGCCGCAUCCGCACGUGCCCUUCCAGGGGUCGGCGCCUCAGGCGCCUUUUCCGCGAGGAAUAAGCCCGGAGCUGGGGACUGGACUUCCACACUCCGGCGUGGGAAGCAGUAUCGGGCCCCACAGCCGCCUCAUGCAGCCGGGGCUGUUGCCCCCUGAGGGCAUGGGGAUGGGCGUCCAGGGAUACGGACCCGCCGGCAGCAGUCCGCAGCCAGGGAAGCCUGGAGGGACGGCUGCGCCUCUCGAGGUGUCUCCGGGGUACGUGGACGGCACGGGAGGCGGGGCUUCAGGGUCCACUCGAGGCCCGUUCGGGAUUCAGGGAUCUGCUGGCCUACAGAGUGUGCGAGGCUCCGCCGCGACGUCCCCGCGAAAGUUUCAUGGACACCAGGGCGGCCAGCAAUCGGAGUCUUCGUCGUGUGACCGGCGUCGGGGCAACAGCAGGCGCAUCGAAAACCAGCCGCUGAAGCGUCGAGAAGGAGACGACUCGUAUUCGCGCCCCAGCAGCCGGAAUGGACGGUUGCGCUCCGAUGUGAAUGGCCCUUCCCCUGCUCGAUUCGUGGGCCGAAACCAACCAGGCAGCCAGGCAGAUUCGACCUCGACGGCGGGGCCUCCCGCGCCUCUUCUGUCAGGAGCUGGCCUCGUGUCGAACCAAGGAAACGCGCUUGGUGGCGCCGGACCGAUGGACUCGGGGUCUCUCGGCGCAGGCGCGUAUUCCCAGCCGGGCGCCAAUGGCGUAGACGGCCCCGCACCCUUCCUUGGGAGCGCCCCAGGGUGCCCGCCGUCGCCCGUGUACUCGCCCUCGCCCUACGUUCCGGGGUACGCGGGCAUGGGCCGCGGCGUGGCGUCUGCGGGCGGCUUCGGAGGGCUUGGAGCCGAACCGGGGCUGCAGCGCGGCGUGUGUCUGGUCGAGAGCGCGAGCUACCCCGGCGCGCCCAUGCCAGGAGGAAUUCAAAGUGUGGGAGCGGGCCGUGGAAACCUGUACAGUCGGUUGAUGUCUCAGAGCUCAGGGGCCCCAGGAGGCCCUGCGGGCCACGGCAUCAUGUGCCACUCCGAGAGUCCCCAGAGACGCCUCCGAAAGAAGGUCACCAACGUGCCUCUUACCGAGGUACGACGAGGGUCGCUUAGCUCCUGGACUGAGGGCUCCCGAGUGGAGUCGGAGGCAAGCGCAGACUGCGGCGAGGCUCUCCUGCCGUCCAGCCCUGGUAUGCCUCCCGCUGGGAUGCAGGCUUCGUCCUUUACAGGGAAGCAGACGCAAAGACAGGCGGCGUCGGGCUCGGCUUCCGGAGCAGAAGAAGGCACUGCCGGUGUUGAAGUCGCUGCGGGACCUUGUCCCGCGACCCCCACAUCUGCGUCUACAGCCCCUCCCUUGUUGGCGACGCCGGGGCAGGGACAGGAGAUCCGGCAGUUAGACGAGAGGACAGAAACGAAGAAACCCGCUGACGAGGGGAACACAGAGAGAGAGGAAGGGAAACGUUCCGCCCCCAGUUGCGAGGAUGGGGCACAAGUGUCAUCGGGCUCGAGUUCGGCCCCGGUGGUCGCCCAAGAGGAAGUGACAGGAAAAGUGGCAGAGAAACAAGAAGGCAGGGUGCUUUUAGAGGCUUCAGCGGAAGCCAGCGCGCAGCCAGAGGGUACGGCCAGUGACUCCCGGGAAGCUUCGUUAGCUGCAGAUCCCUCAAGUGAGGAUCAGAGGGAGAAGGAAGGCAGACGCGAAGAACAUGAAAUUCCGGAACCAACGGAGACACAGGAAGACACCCCAGCUGCUGAGCCAUCUUCUACGCUUGAGGAGUCUCUGCAGGACGACACGCAGAGGGAAGGAACGGCGGAAGUCUCCGCUGUGGCCUUCUGUCCAGGAGAGGAGACAAGAGAGGACGAGAAGGACGAGCACAAGGAGGAGAAAGAGGAAGCUUUCGUGGACCAGCAGGAGGUGGAUGCGGGAGAAGAAGAUGAGGCAGAUGCCAAGCAAAUUCCAGAAGAAGAGACCGAGCAAGAAACGUCUCGCGAGUCGGUCCUUGCUCCGGCACGAGCGAGAGAAGAUGUGAAGGGCGAGGAAGCAGAAGGCCCUGAGGAGACCAAAGAAAACGUCGCGGUCUCUGAGGAAGCACGAGAGGAGGAACCCAAGGAAACGAGUGGACUGGAAAGAAGAGAACCGACACCGCCCUUCGUCCCAGAUACCGAGAAUUCCACGAAAGCGGAGGUACAAGAGGAAGGAAAGCUGGAGCUGCAUGGGCCAGAAGCGCGUGACGAUGAAGGCGUUGCCACUUCCGAUUCGCAGGACGUGGAGUCUUUGCGGUCGUCGGGUCUCAACUCGCGAGACGGGAGACACCAGGUGCGGGGCGGCAUUGUACACCCGCCACCGGUCUCUGCUCCGGAAGAGCGGGCCUUCUACGAGCGGGCCCGGGGGUCUACGGCAGGUCUCGUCGGGGUGUCUCCGUCUUCUCAGCGCGACUCUGCUUCGUGCGGCGCCUCGGUGCUCAGCGACUUGUCUCCGAUAUCCCAGACGAAACCUGGGUCGCCCUCGCACGCCACCUUUGCGACCGCGCCGCCCUACGACAAGAAACAGCUAGUUGGGCUCUUCCUCGCUCUGAACGGCACGCUUUCGCCUCCGGAGUGCCUGGGCCGAAUGCGUUGCGUCAGCCCCGGCGAGGCCCAGGUCGGGGGAAAGCGUACGUCGGGCGCCAAGGACUGGCUGGCAUCGAAGGCACACAAACAAGGUGGAAACGCAGGAAAAUCCAAGCUUGGGAACGCGGGCAAUGACCGUGGAGCCAAUGCCGGAAACGCCCACCUUCUGGGCUCUUCCCCGGCGAACACGAUGUCGGGGAGUCUCUUUGGAAAAGGCGGCGCCCAGGCCGUCAAGGGCGGCCUCAUGGGACGCGGCGGCCGGGGCUCAGGCGGUGGGGACUGGCCUCACAUGGGCGGAGACAACUUCGAGCGUGGAGCUAUCGUCGAGAGAUCCGGGAGUACUUGCAGCUCCAACGGCGGAUGGCGAGACUCCGCAGCAGGCAACAAAUGGAGAGAGGAGAGCGCGGCACUAGCUCGCCAGAACAACGCAUCUCAGGGUGGCAUCUUUGGAGCAGGUGGGACAAGCAGAGGCGGACACCAAGGCAUGGGCGGAGACACUUUCUCGCGGCUGGGCGGAUUCUUCUCUUCGCGGCCGAUGCAGAGCAGCGGCAAUGCUCAGCACGGCGCGUCUAUGCAGAGUUCGCCGUCGCGAGGCCCGGAGUUUUUGCUGAAGAAGCAGACGCUGGAUCGGCCUCAGCUGCUCCGCCGCUCGAUUAACAGCCUUCUCAACAAGAUGUCCAUUGAGAAAUUCGUUGUCGUGGCGGAGAAGAUUGCGGUGGAAGGAGAGUCUCUGGAAAACGCGGAAGAGCUCCAGAUGCUAGCGGACCUGGUCUACGCAAAAGCGGUGACGGAGCCGGAAUACAGCGAGACAUACGCGGACUUGUGUCAACUUCUAAAGUGGAGAAGUUUGGAUUUCGACAAAGAGGGCGAGGAGAAACAACUGAACUUCAACCGCGCCUUCGUCAACCGGUGUCAGGAAGAGUUUGAAGCGCUUCAGGGCAUGCAAGCGCUGGAGGUGACCGAGGAAGAGCGUGCGCAGUGCCACUCCGAGGAAGAAGUUCAGAAGUUGACCAAGAAGAAGAAAGACAGAGUCCUCGGAAACAUGCGCUUCAUUGGAGAGCUGUACCUCCGCAAGUGCAUUGCCCCGAGCGUCCUGAAGGCUGUCGUCACUUCGCUGGUCUUUGGAGACUCUGGGGAUCCGGACGUCUACCCCGAUGAGCACUUCGUCGAGUGUCUCACUGAGCUGUUGAUAACCAUCGGAUUCACUCUUGAACAGCAGCCGCAAAGUCAGCAGAUGCUGCAUGAGUUUAUGGGCAAGCUUCAGGACCUCCAACAGAAGGCGAACUACAGCAAGAGAAUCAUCUACAAGAUUCAGGACGUUUUGGACUUGCGGACGCGAAAUUGGACCAAGAAAGUCUUCAAGGAAAGAGCGAAAUCCGUCGCUCAAAUUCGUGAAGAUGCGAUGCGCGACGAACUCAUGGGUGGCGCAAUCCACCUGGCCCAAGAGGGAACGUACACGAUUGUGGGGCGUCGAACGGAGGUACCGUACGCCUACUAUCUCCACGAACAGCGAACGAUUUUCGAGAAAAAGAAAGCUGCCAAGAAAGCCGCUGACGCGGCUGCAGGCGCGGGAAGUUCCUCGUCGUCUUCGUCGUCCUCGGCACCGUGGCCAAAUGCGCCAACAGCAUCUGGAAGCGGCGUCUCGUCUCCUCUGCCGCCGACUCCCGGACAGCCUGAGCCGGGGGCGAUCUUUGGGGCUUCGUCGCCAAGCAGCGACAGCCUCGUACCCUCGCCCCCCCUGCCAGGCCCGCCGUCGCCGUACAACGUGGGGGCCCACGGCGGACCGACUUUCGGUGCUUCGGCGGUGCCGCCGCUUAUAGCCCCGCAGGCGGGCCCUGGGGCUGCGGGCGCGUUGGGCGCCAGUCCGGGGUCCUUUUCGGGCCCGGGUGGCUUGGGCGCGCACGGUCUGGGGGCCACUGGAGCAAAGGGCGGAGCCGGUGCACCGCCGCUUCUUGGGGGUGCCCCGCCCGCUUUUCACCCCGUCUCCGGGCACCACAGCCUCCCGCGCUUCGGGCCCGUAAGCGGCCCUAGUGGAGGCGGUGGGGGCAAGGGGCUAGUUGGCCCCCGAGGCGGGAGUGCGGGGGGGCCUGGACUCAUGAACGUCGGCGCCGAGGCCGCAGAGACUCCCCCGCCGGAGCCCUGCGAGCCCCCGGAGCUGAAGAAGGAUGUCGAGCUUCUUUGUUUCGAAUUCGUCAGGGAGGACAAGCCUUUUGCGGAUUUCUGGCAAGAGUGGAAGGCCCUGAAGAUGCCCAGCUCGACGGCACGAGAACAGUUUCACGCGUUGUGCGCCAAGGCAGCCGAUGAUUCUCACCCUGAACGAUCGGCGCGUUACGCGGAGCUCUUUGGUCUCAUCAUGUGCGAGCAAGUUCGGUUAUCGGCCACACUGCGUCAGUUUGUCGACGUCAUCAACCUGAACUUCUUGCCCCAGCUCGAAGACAUGGCGCUUGACAACCCUCGAGUGGUAACGCUCUUCGCAGUGACCAUUGGAACGAUGGUUGCGAGCCCAAACUUCACCAAACGCCAAGAAGCAUGCAUGCCUUUCCUGCAGGUUCCCGCAUCCGAGGAUGUUGCCUGGGAUUUCCUUCAUGCAACAUACGAGGAGGUGAAGAAGCGGGUGGGCGAAGAGAGCGACUUGAAGCUGGCGUUCAUGAAGAGCCUGAUCGAAACUUCGUUGCGUAGACAGUUCCCCGACCAGCCGGACUUUGUGGCAGAGAAGCUUGCGGCGCUGGAGGCGUGAGCGUGCGGCGUGUUUCUCGCUGGCGAAAGCAGGUAGAAAGAGAAGUUCUCUUUUUAAGAGGGAACAGAAACGGAGGCGAGGACGCAGAGGCGAGCCCGGGUCAAACGUAGAGGGAAGCAUGCGUCUGUUUAGGUCUUCUGUUCGUUGGCGUUCCGCGACACGUGCUUGAGACAAAGGAAGGCCUCAUGGCACCUGCAGGAAGUCUGUACAGCUGUUUCUGAGGGCAGAGAGCGGGACCUCCGUUUUCGGGACAGGAACGUCGUGCACUGGAGUCGCGACCUCUCAGCUGAUCUUGUCGGACACAAAAAACAAGGAACUACGUCUUUGCGGAGUCGGUGAGAGAGAGCAGACUGCAGAGAGUGCCACUUCAGGGCUGUGGGAGUCUCUGCGCGUGAAAAUCUUGUCCGAAAUGUCUGCUUUGUUUUCGAAAGGUUUCACGAGGUUCCACGUCGAGUUUGGGGGCACUGUUCUGCCUGCCGAGGGAAGGAGCCGGAUGCAUUGAGACAGUGCAUGCGUCCGACAAAGCAGGCAACUCGCCUGGCGAUCCGCUGUGUCCGAACUGUCCAUUCGCGUUUGCUGUCCAGUUUUCCGUUGUGUGUGCGUGUGUUUUUAUCCGAUACUUUUCGCGAAGUGUAGUUCAGAAAAGGAAAACGGUUACAGUGACACAAACGGGAGGCGAGAGAAAAUGAAGAAAGAAGGGAUCAUAUUCGCGGGGAUAGUCGUGUUUUUCAUUUUGGUAGUGCAUCACGAUAUACAACGCGAAUUCGUGGUUGCUUAAGACCUUCCUCCUUAUGCGGCUGCCGGC